GUCAAUUGUAUUGUUUUGUUUAUAAUUUAUCACUCAUACAAUUUCAAAACACCCAAAACGCUUACAAUUGAUUUACACUAACUUUAUUUUCAUAAAAGUAAAAAAUAUUUGGGAAACUAAUUAAAAACACAAUUAAACAUGAUGGACGACACGGAAAGCAUAAAAAUAGACUCCAUGGACGAGAUCUUCACUGAUUCCGACAACCAGGAAAAUACUUUCGCGCAAAUAGAAGCUGAUUACAACAAGCUAAUGUUGACCUUGUGUGAUGACCCCGCCCUGUCAAAAUACGCAGACGCAUACACCGCCUUGUUUGACUACGCCUACGGCGUCCACGUCAAGUCCCUCAACCUGCAAAACACCAAACAACAACUCGAAGAGGAAUACAACAGUACAGAACAACGCCUCGUGGAAACCUCACAAGUUCUCAUCAAAGACUCGCAUUUAAUAAGCUCAUUAAAAAAUCAAGUGCAGAUCUCCCACAAGUUACUAGACACUGCGCAUGAGCAGGAACAAGCCGCCAUGGAAGUGAUAGACAACCUACGACACACCAUCACAAGCCUACAAGGAGAAAUCGAGUUUAAAAACAAGAUGACUGUGGUUGAAGACGACGAAAACCCAACUGUGGCUAAACAUCGACAAGGAUUAGAACGCGAACGUGAAAAACUCUUGAAAGAAGUGGCGAGAAUGAACGAAAAGUUCGAAACAGCUUUGGAGUAUCAAGAAGAGUUGGAACAACGCACUGAUCAGACAGAUGCACAAAUACACGACGUAAUUGAACAGCUAGAGGACGCCACUAACGAAUUACAGAAAAACAAACGCGUCAAAGAACGUUUGGAGUUAGAACUUGAAGAUUUAUCGGAAGAUGUACAAGGAUUAACGAAAUACAUCCGAGAAAAAACCACAACAGUAUCAGCUGAUCAACAUGUAGUUGUAAAACUAGAAAAUGACUUAAAAGAACAAAUAUUAUCAUCGUCAAAGUGUAUAAACGAGUUGGCAAUAUGGAACCAGCGGUAUUGCAAGAUGGCCGACGAUCUAAACCAGGUUCUGUACUCGGCUAACACAGAAAAACGCGAACAUCUAAACCUCAAUCGUCGGCUUGGACUACAAACACACGAACAAGACAUGAUUAAGAAAGAUAUCGAGUUGCGCACGAUGCAAAAACACGCCGCGCUCGCCACCAAUGAACGCAUGCUGCUUGAAACUGAGAAGGCAAUAAAAGACCGUAAUCAGACACGUGAAGCCAUCGCGCAGCAAGAAGCAAUCGUGAUGAAUCAGAAGAUGUUGAAUGACACAUCCAAGAGGGAAAUUGUCAAUCGCAUACGUGAGAAGGACAUGAUCAGUCGCAAUCUUACACGGCAACAUGCUAUAACAAACACAACUAUACAACAUAUCGCUCUGCAACAAGGCGAAAGAAAGAAAACAGAGUAUAAAAUAGAUGCACAAGUUGAACAACAAAAACAACAGAAAAGACACAUGGCUUUCCUUGAACGUGAAAGAGACAGGUUGAAAGAAGACGCAGUUGAGAAAGCCAAUCAAAUCGAAGAUUUAAUGGAUGAGUUAAAAGCGCAGAAGUUGCAUAUGUUUGACAGUAAGAAAAGACUGUUGGAGAGUCAGAAUAAACUACAAAUGCAACACAAUGCAUUCGAUGCUUGUCGUAGUGACAAACGUUUUCGAAAAACACUGAGACAAAACAUGUCACAAGCACAAGCGUUAAAAAACAAAGUAUAUGACUACACGCGUAAUAAUGAAUUGAUAAAAAAUGAAGUGUUUUAUAAAGAGCAAGAAACCCAGGCAUGCGCAAACUAUAAUAAAUUAUUAGUAGUUGAAGUUGAGAAUAUGCGACAGGAAUUAGUUGAUAACACUAAAGAAAUACAUGAAUUAAAAGAGGCUAUUGCUUAUCACAAGAUGUUUACUAAAGAUUUAUUGUUGCAAAUUGAACAGGCUGACUUCAAACUGCGUGAAGAUGAUAAAACCAUCGCGACUUUUAUAAAUGAACGAGAUGUGUUGAGUGCACAGCUGGUAAGAAGAAAUGAAGAACUUGCUUUGUUGUAUCGUAAAAUGCACUUGUUAAAAACUAUGUUGGAGUAUGGUGAAGCGCAGUAUUCACGUCGUCUAGAUGAUCUUACAUUGCUCAAGCGUGAGAUCAUGCACAUCAGGCAGAAUAAAUCGGUGUAUGAGAAGAAGAUAAGUAACAUGAAUGAUUUUAAGGCUGAGGUGUUGGCCUUGGAGAAGGAUUUGACAAGGGAGAGGGUUAAGUCGAUGAGGUUAAGGGCGGAAAUGCAUAGUCCGAUGAAUAUUCAUCGGUGGAGUAAGCUGGAGGGGUCGGAUCCGGAUAUGUUUAAUUUGAUGAGGAAGAUUUUGCUUAUGCAGAAGCGUGUGCUGAGGCAUUCGGAUGAGAUUAAUGCCAGGGGGUUGCAGUUGAAGGAGAUGAAGAAGUUGUAUAAGACUAUGCGUAAGAUGGCGGCCAAGCAGCCGGGGCCGAAUAUUCAUCAGCGUAUGCGGUCGAUUAGUGACAAUUUGAAGGAGAGCAAGAUGCAAUCGAGGUAUUUGACAAAUGAACGUAAAGAAACAGAGGAUGAAUUUAACCGGUGUAGUCUGCAAUUGAAAACGGUGAGUCUGGAAUUACGCAAAGAGCGCCAGAAGUUGUUGAACGAGAAGAAAAUGCGGCGGCGAAACAUGCAGAACUUGCGGCGCGUGGAAGCGUAUGGACAAGAGGUUAUGAACAGUAUGGCGAAGUUGCUCAGCGAUAAAACUAUCUUGACUAUUGCUAUGAAAACUUCCGAUACUAGUAUGUCCUAAACUUUAACGGUUAAAAUUAAAAUAAAACGGGUUUUUCACUUUUGCACCAAAGAAAACAUAAUUAUUUUAAGGUUAUGUAUGCUUCCGAGCGUUUUUUACAU